GGAAGAAAAAAAAAGCGAAUCCGUUUACUUACCUCUCUUGACUCCACGCGAAAAAAAUCGACGCGGUGGUCUUUCGUCGGAGAAGGAGAAGAAGAAGAUGAAGCAGAGGACAUGGCCAUGCCCAUCCGAAGGAUCUCGAUUCACCUCCCUUCCCUUUUCAAAACUCCACGAGAAACGAAGCAGAUUCUCCUCCUCCUCCUCCAUCAAAGCAACGGCGUCAAAGUCAACCUCCCCUCCACCAUCGCACGACGACACCGCCGGAGACUUCUCGGCCCUCCCCUUCGACAUACUGACGAAAAUCGCGGCGCCGCUGAGCCUGCCGAACCUCCAGGCGGCGUCGUCGGUGUGCAGGUCGUGGAGGGAGGCGCUCCUCCCGCUGAGGGAGUCGAUGCUGCUCCUCCGGUGGGGGAAACGGUUCAAGCACGGGCGUGGAGGCGUCAAGGCGAAUCUGGACAAGGCGCUUGACUCGUUUCUGAAAGGAGCCGCGCGUGGAUCCACGCUCGCGAUGGUCGACGCGGGGCUCGUGUACUGGGAGAAAGGGGAGAAGGAGAGAGCGGUGGGGUUGUACCGGAGGGCGGCGGAGCUUGGUGAUGCCGUUGGUCAGUGUAAUUUGGGGAUCUCUUAUCUCCAAGCUCAACCCUCAGAUCCUAAGGAAGCGAUGAAGUGGUUGAAACAAUCUGCAGAAAAUGGUUAUGUUAGAGCACAGUAUCAGAUAGCUCUUUGUCUACACCAAGGCCGUGUCGUGCAGACCAAUCUGCUAGAAGCUACUAAAUGGUACCUAAAGGCAGCAGAAGGUGGGUAUGUACGAGCUAUGUACAACGUUUCGCUUUGUUACUCGGUUGGGGAAGGGUUACCACAAAACCGUAAGCUAGCAAGAAGGUGGAUGAAACGCGCAGCUGAUCACGGCCAUAGUAAAGCUCAGUUUGAGCACGGCCUUGCCCUAUUCUCUGAAGGAGCGCUGUUGAAAGCUGUGAUGUACUUAGAACUCGCUCAGCGUGGUGGAGAAACGGGUGCGGGUCACGUCAAGGAAGUUAUACACCAACAGCUUUCUGCAACAACUUCUCGUGAUCAUGCCAUAAACCAAGCCAAUAACUGGCGUGCGUUGCCAGCUACUCGCUGAGAUCUCAUCCAUCUUUUGAGUACAUAUACAGUGAGUGGUCAUAGUAUUUGGCUCUUUGUAAUAACAGUUUGGUGAUGCGAAAUAACAUAUUUGAAAUUUGCGCAA